GUGUCAAAUUUUUUAUCUGAUAAACUAAUCGAAGUAACUACCAGCUUAAAAGAAGAAGACUCUCCUUUUAAAAUUAAUUUUUUAUUCAAAGAAUGGUAGCUGCCGUACUAACCUGUCGUUUGCCUUUUUUUUUUUUUUCAUUUUACUUCGUGGCAGCGGCAGCAUCCCUGGGCGCUUCUCCAGGCUUCUCUCAUUCCCCUCCCCUCCACUCCACCGGCAGGCAACGAAUACCGGCAGGCCAGCUUCUUCUCCUGUCGACGUGUUUGUGAGUGCAGCGGUGAACUGGACGGUGUCGUGGCCACGCGAUGGCAGCGGCGGUGAUGAACUGCCUACGGACUGCGCUUUUAGGCGCUCUCGUCGUCCAACUCUACGCCACGCAGAUAGGUCACCGGAAAUUCGAGUACAAGUACAGUUUCAAGGGACCCUACCUGGCGCAGAAGGAUGGAUCGGUGCCUUUCUGGGAGUACGGCGGCAAUUGCAUCGCCAGUGAGGAGAUGGUUCGGAUCACGCCCUCCCUGAAAAGCAAGAAAGGAUCCAUCUGGUCCAAGCUGCCGACGUCGUUCCCUUGGUGGGAGGUGGAGCUGGUGUUCCGCACCACGGGUACGGGCAGGAUAGGAGCUGACGGCCUGGCCUUCUGGUACACAGACAAGAAGCAGGCAGAGGGUCCUGUCUUUGGAAGCAGCGACAAGUGGACUGGCCUGGCCAUCUUCUUCGAUUCCUUCGACAAUGAUAACAAGCACAACAACCCAUACAUCAUGGGCAUGGUGAACGACGGAACAAAGGCCUACGAUCACGAGAGUGACGGUGCCAACCAGCAGCUAGCGGGAUGCCAGCGGGACUUCCGCAACAAGCCUUACCCUGUCAGGGCCAAGAUAGAAUACUUCAACAACAUCCUCACGGUGCUGUUCCACAACGGCAACACCAACAACGACGGUGACUACGAGAUGUGCUUCCGUGCGGAGAACGUGUUCCUGCCGACCAACGGCCACUUUGGGGUGUCCGCCGCCACGGGGGGCCUGGCAGACGACCACGACGCCCUCAAGUUCCUGACGACGAGCCUGCACGCGGAGGGCACGCAGCCGGCCCUGGCCCAGGGCAUGGCCGACUCAGAGAAGGAGAAGUUCUCCAAGGAGUAUGAGGUGUACAAGGACAAGCUGGAGAAGCAGAAGGAGGAGUACCGGAAGACACACCCAGAGGAGGCCGCCAAGCAGGCCAUGGAGCACGGCCCUGAUCAGGCCUACGACACGCAGCAGCAGCGCGAGCUGCGCCAGAUCUUCGAGGGCCAGAGCCACAUGUUCGAGGGGCUCAAGGCACUGCACCGCAAGCUGGACGAGGUGCUCGGGCGCCAGGAGCGCACCCUAUCGCUGGUGUCGGCUGGCGGCGCCGGCGUGGCCGUGGGCGGGGUUCCGCCACCGCAGAUGGGCGGAGUGCCGUCGCUGCAGAGGCACGAAGCAGAGUCCCUGCUGAGCAGCCAGCGGGAGCUGUUGCAGACGGUGGCUCAGGUCAAGAGCUUUGUGGCCGAGGUGCAUCAACGCACGGCCACCCUGCAACACCAGGGGGCGGGAGGCACCCAGGGCCUCACGGCCGAGCAGCUGCAAGUGCUCCACCAGGUGCGGGACAGCGUGGCCAGCAUGCACCGGGAUGUCUCCAACAACCAGCCACAGAGGACUGGCUGCGCGACAUCCUGCCUCAGCACUACCCACUUCUUGCUGUUUGCAACGUUGCAGUUGGCUGUCACGCUGGGCUACUUGGUGUACAGGAGCAGCAAAGAGGCGGCGGCCAAGAAGUUCUACUGAGUGCAGAUCUCGAGCCUCGCCUUGCCCUCCCCUCCCAUGGAGUGGACCUCACCCCCACAGACUGCCAGAAACCAGUGUUGCCAGAGGAGCACCCCUCCCUUCUUAUUGGUGGAGUGCCACAGCCAUCACCCAUUCUUCGAGACAAGGCCACUGUUUGUGGGAGGGGCAAGAGAUUCAUCCGGGGUGCGCAACAAAACAUGGCCGUACAGAGGGAGGGUGCACCGGAACUGGGUCCCAGCCACAUCGUUGCGUGGGAGCGCCUUUCUCCCUCUCUCUCAAGAAAUUUGCGGGGGUAUUCUUAGAAAUAAACAUUGACGUGGGUCUCGACGUACAUCUCGGUGUAACAUUCCACUUGCCACCAUCUGCUGACCACUGAAUCUUCUACAGCGUUGUUUGCUGCAUGUUCUGAAAAGUUCUCCGUUUUUGGGGCAAUUCAAAAAAUAUUCUGUACAUACAGAUAGAUAAAUGGUGUGGGCUAUUUAAAUAUAUUGCGAGCAAUUUUGUUGGCUGUAAAUUGUUUAUUUUUUUUAUGCGGUGAAUUUGUGACAAUAAAGUGGCACAGUACUUUUGGA